AUGAAAACAAUAAUAACAAUCGCUGUAGCCCUAUUUAUAGGUGCUAUCUCAACAAGAUAAUACCAAAGAGCUCCAACAAGAUCUGAAAUUCACAACUAAAGGCUCUAUGAAGCUGAAACAGAAGAUCUUACUGUUGAGGAUCCACUAUACUAUGAUGGUUACUACCCUUAAGUAGAGAAAAAUAUUUUUACAAAAAUCGGACACGGUCUCAGAAGAGUAGAACCAUACAUUGGACCUGCCUUCAAAAUUGCAGGUGCCAUUGGUGGUCUUUCUGUUGAGGAACCUAUGUUCCACGAUAAUGUUUAAUAUCCAUAGGUCGAAAAAAAUAUCUUCACAAAGAUUGGACACGGCCUUAGAAGAGUAGAGCCAUAUAUUGGACCCGCAUUUAAAAUUGCCGGUGCUAUCGGAGGUCUCUCUGUUCAGGACCAAUUAAGCCACGAGGAAGAAGAUUACGCUUACUACCCUAAAGUUGAAAAGAACGUAUUCACAAAGAUUGGUCACGGCUUGAGAAGAAUUGAACCAUACAUUGGACCCGCCUUUAAAAUUGCAGGCGCCAUUGGAGGUCUCUCAGUAGAAAGCCCUAAUCCUAGCCCUAUUUAUUUCUAUAAUGAUGCUUUCUUCCCAAAUGUUGAAAAAAACAUUUUCACAAAGAUUGGACAUGGUCUCAGAAGAAUUGAGCCAUACAUUGGACCAGCUAUUAAAAUUGCCGGUGCCGUUGGAGCCUGA